GCACGCCAAUAAUCUUUGGCAAUUUAUGAAUAUGGCGCGAAACUUUUGGUUAUGUUGACACUUGACAGGUUAUUAAGUGAAAAGCAAACAGAAAAAGAUUAGGAAAACUUGGAUUAAACUUUUCCUUGUGUUUGUGUUAUAACAAAACAAACUAGAUAUGACGAACUACGGUCUUCUCGUUGAUAAGUAUCGUCCUCGGGACAUAGCUGAUCUGCGAUAUCAUAAAGAUUUAAUGAAGAAACUGAAAAAUCUUGUGCUGGCAGGAGAUUUUCCACAUUUACUUAUUCAUGGCCCCUCUGGUUCUGGAAAGAGAACAAUCAUUAAUUGUUUACUUCACGAGCUUUAUGGACCAGGAGUUGAAAGACUGAGGAUGGAACAGUCAAGCUAUAUGACUCCAUCAAAUAAAAAAAUUGAAUUAAUGACUUUAAGCAGUAAUUACCACAUUGAAGUGAAUCCAUGUGAUGUUGGAAUUUAUGAUAGAGUUGUCAUACAAGAACUGAUUAAAGGAGUAGCUCAGACUCAUCAGCUUGACUUGCAAGGACUAAGGGAUUUCAAAGUGAUUGUUGUUAUGGAUGCAGAUAGGUUAACGAAGGAUGCACAACAUGCCCUUCGUAGGACAAUGGAAAAAUAUAUUGCCACAUGCCGUAUCAUUCUGUGCGCUUCAUCCAUGUCCCGUGUUAUUCCUGCUAUCCUUAGUCGUUGCCUGGCAGUGCGUGUGCCUGCUCCUUCAAAAGAGACAAUUAUUUCUGUUAUCAAGAGUGUUUGUGAAAGGGAGAAGUUUGAGUUACCAGCAGAACUCAUAGACCGUAUUGCUGAGAAGUCAGACAGAAACAUGCGUAGAGCACUUCUUAUGACACAGACCUUUUUCAUUGAUCGAACGAAUACUCCAACAGCAGAUUCGCCAGUGCAGUUGCCAGACUGGUUGGUGUUUUUACAAGGUGUGUCAGACCUCAUGGUUGCAGAGCAAACACCUAGACAGAUUGGGAUAAUUCGAGAGAAAUUGUAUGAACUCAUUAUCCAUGGCAUUCCUACAGAACUCAUUUUCAAGCACCUCGUUGAUGAAGUGGUGGAGAAGUGCGACAUGCAACUGAAGACACAAGUGGUUGCUGCAGCAGCUUUAUAUGAACACCGUUUACACCACGGCAAUAAAGCUAUUAUGCAUUUAGAAGCAUUUGUUGCAAAGUUUAUGAGUAUCUACAAAAAGUUCAUGGAGGAUAUGAUGCAUGAUAUGUUUUGAGAAACAAUAAACCACCUCUCUCCCCCUCUCGGUAUCCUUUCUGACCAUCUUUCUCUUGUGUGUGUGUGUGUGUGUGUGUGUGUGUGUGUGUGUGUGUGAGAGAGAGAGAGAGAGAGAGAGAGAGAGAGAGAGAGAGAGAAGUGAAGGUAUUCAUUGAUGGAAAAGAAUAACUUAUUUUUAGAAAUCUUAUUUAAAGUUUUCUUUGGACUUGUAUUUUCCACUGGAAUAUGCUUGUUUAAUUCUGCACAUGUAAAUAAUAAAUCAGUACUCUAAAAACA